AUGUAUGAUGAGCUGGUGUUGUGUUUGAUUCCAAUGCUGAUGUCGCUGCUGGUCUUCCAUCCGUUAUGUGGCCUGAAAAGUAGGGGAAGUAAAGGAAAAACGUUGCGACCACAUAACCAACGAAUAGCUGAGAGUGAAUGGUCACAACCGUCAGCUCUGCCAUCACCUCCGAAACGUACCGCCACUACGGGAACCUCGGAGGUUGCAACCAAGUCCGAUUUCCCAGCACUUUCUUCUACUCAGCCCUCAGGAGACGACCCAACCUCUUCUCAUACUACCAAUACUGGGGAUAAAGAACGAAAACUGAAAGAAAAAUCUCGAGAUACAUCGAAGGGUAGCAGCGAUGCAAUAGUAGAAUUGAAAGUCGACAAAACUCAGCAAUCCAUAGAGAACAAAGUCCCACGCUUCGAUAAGACGCAGCUGGCAUCAAGGGAGCCAUUUAUAUCACCAGAGCAAGAUCCCAGUGGAUGUCAUCGGGAAGCGAGGCGGGAACAGGCCCCUCGCUUUGACAAGACGCAACUAGCAUCAAAUGAACCAGUGAUAACGCCGGGAAAAGAUUCCAGUGGAUGUCAGCAGGGAGCAAAGCAGGAUAAAGCUCCGCGCUUUGACAGGACGCAACUAGCAUCAAAUGAACCGGUGAUAACUCCGGGAAAAGAUUCCAGUGGAUGUCAUCAGGAAGCAAAGCAGGAUCAUGUCCCGCGCUUUGACAAGACGCAACUGGCAUCAAACGAGCCACUGAUAAAACCGGGAAAAGAUUCCGCUGGAAGGGAAAGACAGGACGAGUUCCCACGCUUCAAUAAGACGCAAACAGCAUCAAAUGAACCAGUAUUACCGCCGGGAAAAGAUCCCAUCGAAUGGUAUUGGGAAACAAAGCACAGCAACACCAAUGUGGGAAAAAAGCAGAGUAAACCCAACUGCGGGAAGAAGUCGACAUCACACGAAGACUUCCGCACCGUAUUUGACCAAUAUAACGAAGUCAAUCCCGAUGUGAGUACCGCCUGUUCAACGUUCUAUUGGAUAUGA